CGGAUGCAGCAGCGAUUCUCCAAAGCCAACUUUCAGAGAGGGCAGAUGGAUGCUAAUGGAGAAGGGAAACCACCAAGGAUGAGAAGGUGGCAAGUGAAACCCAGCCCCGGAGCAGUUCUGACGGUUUCUGUGGCUAAUCCCCAGGCGGGCCAGGCCGGCGCGCCUGGAUCCAAGCGCCCGUUCCUGCGCAGCCAGAGGCCCCCGCCGCGGGUGGCCAAGCCCCAGCCCAAGGGGGUGCUGCUGAGAUUCAACUUCCGCGCGAUGGCCAACCAGGUAGAGGAUUGUCAACAGGACAGGCAGCGCCUUGCACCCUGCAGCAGCCCUGCCACUAAGCUGCUCACAUCACGCUCAGGUUUUCGGGGCUGCCAGUUGGGUUUAUCUAGCAUAAGCCAGGAGGAAAGUCCUGUAGCUGUGUUGGCUAGGUUGCUCACAAAAUUGAAGGCACCUGAGAAGACUGUUCAGCAGCUACAGACUCAGCCCAAUUUUCCCCACUCUGCUGGCCCCUGUUGGCCUGUCCGUGUCCUUGCUUGGAGCAGGGAGAUGUUCCUUGUGAGCAGUCCUGGCUGGGGGGGACCAUUUCACUGUCAGUGCUCCCCACUCCUCAGAGACACACAGCACUUCUGGGCUUUGCUCUCUUUUUGUUUUGGUGACCUUCUCAGUGCCAUGUUUCACACUGAAGGAUGGUCCAAGAGCCCUGGUGCAGGUCAGAAAUCCUGCUCCACCUUCUUCAUUGCUGGCGUUUCUUGUCUGGACAGUUUGGUUUUACUUGAUGCCUUGUGCUCAAAUGCCAUCUGCUUGCUCCUGUUCUUGCUGAGGACGCCCAGUGUCUUGGGGCUGGGCACUGCUUGGAGGUUUUCCAGACGCACACAGUCUGUCGAGCUCCUUGUCUCCGUGUGCUGAGUGGUUUAAUUGACUAACUGGCUGUGAAGCACCGUCCUGACUGAUGGGCUCUAAUCAAUACCCCGCUACAAGUUUGGCCGUGCUUUGCCACGAGACCCGGGACUGACUUGCUCUCCCCUUCCCCUACAGACCAGCCUGACGCUGGAUGAGAGGUUCUCUGGUCUGAGGAAUAAGAGGCGCUUUACAGCAGCCAGGAGUGCCGGACGGACGGUCACCAUG